CAAAAUGGCGGAGGAAGAAUCGUCAGAAACACGGCCUGAUGACAGUAAGGACAAUAUUUUCGAAAUAUUACAAAAGGAAGCAAAAUUAUCUGCAGAAAAUGUCGUAGGAGGGGAUACCAAAUACAAUGCUGGCGUUGACAUGCACCACGCUCUCUCGGAUUUAAAGAGAGAUCAUCAUGCCAUUCAUGGAUUUAGGAAUUUGCCAGGUUUGCAAUGCCCACCUGUUCAGACGAACACUGCAAAAGAAGAAUUGGAUAAUUCAGAGGUAAAUUCCUCUCCCGAAACAAAGAGACUAAAACUGUCAAUGCCUUCGGCACCCCAAGGAGUAUCUGAUUCAUGUGUCAGUCCAGAAUCGGGAAAGAGAAGGCGCAUUCAGCACGAUUAUCGACGCCUAUCAAGCUCAGGUUAUGUUGAUGAUUAUGAAGCAGGUAAAGAUCAACGUUUCGCGGUUGGGAACGAAACAGAGUUGGUCCCGGGGACAACUGCAACAUCCCCAAGAUCUAAAAGCAACACAUCUUCACCGAAGACAAGAUCCCCAAUAUCGUUUGGCACUGUAAAGUUUCCUAACUCUGCUGCACAGGAUACUGGAGUAAAAAUGAAUGUUCAGAAUAAUUCUGAGGUGGAUGGCUGUAGAGGUGAUGGCAAAAUAAAGACAGACAGUCAUGAAAGUAGAUCCCCACACAAGGACAGGCACAGGGGCCAUUAUUCACACAGUCAAGAUAAGAAGGAUUCUAGUCAGCAUCCCGACACAUCCCACCAUCAUAGUCGGCACCACCAUCACCACUCACACUCACACAAGUCAGCUUACAAAGACCAUGCCCUGGACCGUCACAACGAUAAACAAAAAAAUGUAAAUGGAUCCGUGUCAAAUGAUCGUUAUGGUUCUGACACCAUCAACAAACGUUCUUUUAAAGUUGACGCCGUCAAAACAGAAGUAAUUGCCAAGGUCGAACACACAGCUUCUUUGAAUCGAACUGUUGGCCAAUCCAAACCUACCAACAAUCAGCCGAGAACGCCAACAAAGAAACGAAUUGUUAGCAAUUGUGGUGUCCAGGUUAACCUGAGACGGCGAACUGAUACAAAGUCAGUUCAGGUGUCACUUGGCAAUCCAAGUGGUUCAGUUCAUCGGGUCACUAAUGGAGACAGACAUCAUGCUCCUAAAGAACAUCUUGUCGGUCACCAAAAGCAAAGAAUCAAGAUCUCACAAGGAACUCAGACUUAUGAAGCAGUUGCACCUCCUCCAGUUACCACUUUACCUCCUUCAUCGAACUAUGUAGCUCCUACUGCAAGCUUUGAUGCUAAAGUCCAUAUGAACAAAACCCAGACUCAGGUACCUGGUCUCAUUCAGUCAAAAUUUAGCAAGUACAUCCAUGUUGAAAAGUAUGCCAACGGAGGGGCGCAUGUCGUGCACACGUACCAAGAUGAAUUGUCAGAACUCAGCAAGGAAGAAAUGAAAGAGUUUGUGUCCGAGUAUUUUGACCUUGUGUAUGGAGAAACGAAUGGUUCUGCCAAUUUCGUGAUGGGUAUUGUCCAUCGGGCGGCUGAAAACUUGCCCGACUUUAUUGACUAUUUUGGUGACUUGUAUCCCAAUCUCACCGUUAAAGCAGGUGUUCUGGGAAAGUCAGACAUUGAAACUAUGACAAUAGCUAAGUACAGGGAACAGGUUAUAAAAACGUAUCAAAAUGGAACGUACAGGUCAGGUCCACUCUUGCAGAUCAGUCUCGUUGGAACAGUUCACGAAGAAGUGGGAGAUUAUUUCCCAGAGUUCCUCGAUUUAUUGGAAGAAAAUCCUUUCCUUAAUGUUGUGAUGCCUUGGGGGAAACUGGCAGCUAUCAAACUGAAUUCCCGGACUGAAAGCAAUGAUGGUCCUAUAUUAUGGGCCCGACCUGGUGAACAACUGGUACCAACAGCUGACAUGCCAAAAUCUCCUUUUAAAAGAAAAAGAGGUUUGAAUGAGCUGAAGAAUCUACAUUACCUUCCCCGAGCCACGGAGCCAAGAGAAGUCCUGGUGGAAGACCGUACCCGUUGUCACGCUGACCAUAUCGGGCAGGGGUUUGACCGCCUGACCACAGCAGCAGUUGGUGUCCUCAAGGCUGUCAACGGUGGAGUAAAAGAUCAGUCAAGGGUUGUCAAAGAUGUAAUCUGUUUUGAUGCAAAAGACUUCUUUGAUUUGACGACCAAGUUGCACCUAGAUUUGCACGAGCCCCCUGUGUCGCAGUGUGUCACCUGGGUUGAAGACGCCAAGUUGAAUCAGCUCCACAGGGAAGGUAUUCGCUACGCUCGCAUUCAGCUUUGUGACGACGACAUCUACUUCAUCCCGCGCAAUGUCAUCCACCAGUUCAAGACAGUGUCUUCAGUCACCAGCAUCGCUUGGCAUGUCCGACUAAAACAGUACCAUCCUGAUUCACAAAACUCUGCAACAGACUCUGAGGAAAAUGUGUUGUCAGAGAGCAGUGUCACUGAAGAAAGAUCCUUUAGUGAGUCCGAGUUGAAAUCAGGAAUAGUCAGCCAUGUGCCCGAGCCAGAGAAGGUUCUACCGCCCUCAGAGGUCACGCCCCCCGUGACCCCGGUGACCCCAGUCAAGGUGGAGACCCUGAGCCCCGAGACCUCAUGAUCAAGAUUGCAGUGUCCAUCAUCACAUUGUAAGGACAAACUCAUACAGUGGUUAUUUUGUACAUGUUCACACGUUUUAGAAGGGACAGGAUGAUAUUACAGAUAUUUUGCCCACGUUUCUUGUAGAUUUGGCAUUAUUUUUGUGAAGUGCAUCAUUGAGAAAAGUGCUACCAAACAGAGGUUUGUUGAUACAGUGUUUCCUGUGACUUGAAACACAAGUGCCAUGGUCAAUACUGAAUCUAUGGUGGUGGCUUUGUACAUGCCAGUUUUAUCCCGCUGUGUCGUAUCUUGAUUUCCCCGAACAUGCCCUUGAUGAAUAAUGUCUCGUACCUGUGUCUGGGUCACACAUUGUUUCAACACUAUCACAUGAUCUUCGUCGAAUAGAUCCGUCCAAACGCUUCUGUUGUUUUUGUUCACUAUUUGUCAACCUUACGAUGUAGACAGACAAGCAUUUGGGAAGCCCAGGAUGCACUUGCACAAAGUGAUCUUAGAGCUACGCUGAUCGUAACUCCAAUACUUUGACUUACAAUAAUCAUUGCGCUGAGAACACUUUGUGCUACUGGGCCCUGGUGGGUUUAGGGAUACACUAUGCAGAGUUGUGUCCCUUUGCUGUCUGGAUGUGAUGAUGAUGGAUUUGACUCUAAAAUUCAUCUCCAUCGCCCAGGAUCAUCUUGCACAACGUGAUCUUACAGCUACGCUGAUCGUAACUCCAAUACUUCGACUUACAAUAAUCAUUGCUCUAAGAUCAGUUGUGCAAGUGAGCUCUAGUGGGUUUAGGAAUACACUAUGCAGAGUUGUGUCCCUUUGCUGUCUGGAAAUGCUGAUGAUGGAUUUGACUCUAAAAUUCAUCUCCAUCCCAAUCCUUGGUGUCAGCACCAUAUGCUUGCUUGUGGCUUUCACCAAAGUGGUUUACAUUUUGACCAUGUCAGUGUGGCAUUUCCUCUGACAUUAAGCAGACACUGUUGUUUGACGGAAUACUAGCUUCAUGAAUCCACAUCAUUAUGAAACAGAUGAAAUAGAUGAUUAUCCAGAGUCAUCUUUCACCCAUAGAAAUAAUUUCACAAUUAAUUUUUGUAUGGAAACAAUGAACUAAUGUUAUGCCUGUGAACACAUAUGCAUAUGUAAUUAUAUAUUUCCUUGAAUCAGCCUAUUAUAAACAAAGCUUCAAUCAUCAAUAACUCAUCCAGAAUUCAUGGUUUUCACCAUUAUAACAGGUCAAAUCCAUUAAGUUAUUCAUUUCACACGCUAAGUUAUUGUUGUACAAAUAUUAUUGUAUGUUUGUGGUUGUUUUCAAAGAGAGAUUUAAUGAAUUGACACCUACCUGGACCUAUUCAAGGGAAGUAAUUCAUUGAAUAGUGAUCUAAGGGACGUAACCCUUGCUUAUAUUGUCUCCCCUUUGCCAGUAGAUCGAAUCUCGAUAACAACAUGGUGAAUUUUGUUUUUCCUCGACAUGCCAUU